CGGCCGCCGCCAAGAUGGCCGCCGCCGGACGGGUGGCGAGUCACCUUGUAAAAAGCAGCAGUCAGCUGAGGGUCCCGGUACGAUGGAGAGGUCAGGCAACUGCAGCCGCAGUGACAGAAAGCACAAAACCUCAAAUUCAGCCAGAAGUGCGGAAACCUAAAACAGGAAUCUUGAUGCUAAACAUGGGAGGUCCAGAACGACUGGAUGAUGUGCAUGAUUUCUUACUUCGUCUCUUCCUGGACAGAGAUCUAAUGACGCUUCCAGCUCAAAAUAAAUUAGCACCAUUCAUUGCCAAACGCCGCACACCAAAAAUCCGGGAGCAGUACAGCAGGAUUGGAGGCGGAUCACCAAUCAAGAAGUGGACGGCGGUGCAGGGAGAAGGCAUGGUGAAAUUGCUGGACAGCAUGUCUCCUCGCACUGCACCUCACAAAUACUACAUUGGCUUCCGGUACGUCCAUCCUCUGACAGAAGAAGCAAUUGAAGAGAUGGAGAAAGAUGGCAUUGAAAGGGCUAUCGCUUUCACGCAGUACCCACAGUACAGCUGUUCUACCACAGGAAGCAGUUUAAAUGCCAUUUAUCGCUACUAUAAUAAAAAAGGGGAGAAGCCGAAGAUGAAGUGGAGUAUAAUUGACCGAUGGCCCACGCAUCCCCUUCUUAUUCAGUGCUUCACCGAUCACAUACAGAAGGAACUGAACCUGUUUCCACCCGACAAAAGGAAAGAUGUUGUCAUCCUCUUCUCAGCUCACUCACUGCCCAUGUCUGUAGUGAACCGUGGUGAUCCGUAUCCUCAAGAAGUGGGAGCUACUGUCCAGAGAGUCAUGGAGAAGCUGAACUACUCCAACCCUUACAGGCUUGUGUGGCAGUCCAAGGUUGGACCAAUGCCUUGGCUUGGGCCACAGACGGAUGAGACCAUUAAAGGACUGUGCCAAAGAGGAAAGAAGAACAUGUUGUUGGUCCCAAUAGCAUUUACAAGUGACCACAUUGAAACACUUUAUGAACUGGAUAUUGAGUAUGCCCAAGUUUUAGCGAAUGAGUGUGGAGUUGAAAAUAUCAGAAGAGCAGAGUCUCUUAAUGGAAAUCCACUGUUCUCCAAGGCUCUGGCAGACUUGGUCUGUUCGCAUAUCCAGUCGAAUGAAAUCUGCUCUAGGCAGUUAACCCUCUGCUGUCCGCUCUGUGUAAAUCCCGUCUGCAGGGAGACAAAAGCCUUCUUCACUAAUCAACAGCUGUGAUGGGCGGUCUAGGAGAGCACCCCUGGAUUAUACAGGAAAAUUGCCCUGGUGACGCAGGGCAAAGGAAAGAAACCGCCUGACCAAACUCUCCUCUGUUACGUACUUACAGACUGGUAGUCUCAGUGAUGUUAACCUCACAUAACAGUGAAGAGAACUUGACCUUUUUGUUUUAUUUUUUCUUAUGUUUUCUUUGUUUGAGAAGAGUUUGUAGAAAGUAGGGAAAUAAGGGUGUUUAUCCUGUGAGAUGUGAAAAGAUCUCGUUUCAUCUGAUUCUGAUUGGACUUAGCAUGAGCCCAUAAGUAUGCACUGAAAAACUUAAAAAACUUUUCUACAAAUUAGCUUCUAUUUCCUAUGCAGGGAUUUAUUUGUAUGCAGUUUUGUCAUGAGUGCAUUAACUUCAGCUUUCCAGGUCAAGCACACAAUUAUUUGUUUUGUUUAUGCUUAAGGUGCAGUAUAACCAGCAUAGUCACCGAUUGUCUCUUCUGAGGGUGAUUUUUCAGAAGGGUUUGAAGAUCAAGUGACUUCUAAUGCUUUUUAAAUAAUGUGUAUAUUUUUUUAGAACAUAAAGAUAAGGCUUUG